AUGAUCUUCAUCCAUGGCCUAGGGGGAGGCUCUAUAAAAACUUGGUGCGACUCAUCCGGGCCGGCUGCUCCAAGCUGUUGGCCACGGGACUGGCUACCGGCCGAUGCAGAGUUUAAGCAUGUUCGAAUUCAUACAUUUGGCUAUGAAGCUGAUUGGAGAGAGCGAACGCCCAGCAUAUUAUCAGUUCAUGAUUUUGCCCAAUCCCUACUUGGAGAGAUAAAAAAUCACCAUCUUAUCAAGCGGAGCGACGCUGCUUAUAUCCUAGCACGACAAGAUCCCAUCUGCGCAGAUCUUGCCAGCCGAUUCCAUUCGAUGUUCUUUCUUGCUACCCCUCAUCGUGGCUCCGAGCUGGGCAAAGUCCUGCGAAACUUACUGUUAGUGACAGGAGUUUCCAAGCCAUAUGUCAAGGAUCUGGUGGCCAAUUCAGGCCCUGUGCUAGAAGUGAACGAGACGUUUCACCAGUUUGCCUCAGAUCUACAUCUCUGGUCUUUUUACGAGAGCUUACCGAUGUCAGAUUUCUCAAAUAUACUAGUUGUUGAUAAGCACUCUGCUACACUCGGGUUCGAUAAUGAGAGCGUGUCAUUCAUGGACGCGGACCAUCGUACCAUUUGCAAAUUCAGACAUCAGUCAGAUCACAAUUACAAAAAGGUGCGCAACGCACUACUGAGUGCGGUAGAGAUGAUCAAAUCUAACUCGCCUAUAAUGGCUGCUAAAGCCAGACUGAGUCCUUAUUUGGGAGUCGACGAUACGUUUGAGGAUGAUCUGAAUCUGCAUCGCGAAAGCAGGCACCCCGAGUCGUGUGCUUGGGUCGUUGAAAACUCCGGUUUCCGUAACUGGACAACACUUCAUCCAGAAUCGCCGCCUGUCUAUUGGCUCGUUGCUGGAAUAGGAACAGGAAAAUCAGUCAUAUGCAGCCGCAUCGUGGACUAUCUUCAGAGAGAGUCUAUACGAUGCAGCUACUAUUUUAUCAAGCGAGGAAAGGGGAAUACGCAUGACUUAUCCAAUCUUCUUAUGAGCAUGGCCUUACAAAUGGCGCUACAAGAUGCGCAAGUUCGACAGGCCAUUAUUCGCCUUCAAGAAAAGGGCGUGUCUUGGGAAGAGCAGACAGACAAGCUGAUAUGGAGAAAGCUAUUUCAAGAGACCAUAUUCAAUAUUCAGUCACCGUCGCCCCAUUUCUGGAUCAUUGAUGGAUUAGAUGAGUAUUCCAGAUCUUCGGACAUUUUUCGACUCCUUGAACAGAUCCCCCAGCAUCUUCGCGUAUUCAUUACAAGCCAAUAUACCCAAGAAAUACAAGAAGGCAUGCUUUCAUUGGGCCAGCGGGUUUCAAUAUGGAUGAUCGAUUCUCAGGAUACUGUGGCUGACAUGCGAUCCGUCGUCAAAGCAAGGCUUACGCAACUUAGGCACUUGGAAACCGGGGAUCUGGUCUCUCGAAUCGUUGAUAAAUCUAACGGCUCCUUCAUUUGGAUCCGUCUGGUCCUUCAAGAGCUUGAAACGGCAUUUACCAAAGAGGAUGUUGAGGCUAUAUUGGAAGAAGUCCCCAGUGAUCUGCACGAAAUGUACGCCAGAAUCCUCAAAUCCAUUGAAAAAGACAAACGUCGAGCUAAACUGGCAAAGUCAAUCCUCAGAUGGAUAACCCUGGCCCAACGACCAAUGACGAUUGAGGAGCUUCGUGGUGCUGUGCACAUGGAUAUCCAAGCUUUACCACAGAAGAUGGUCCAUGCUGCUGUUGUUGCAUGUGGAGAAUUCAUCUUGAUAGAUCAAAGUCAAAGAUUGCAUCUCAUUCACGAAACAGCAAGACAGUUCCUCUACCGGGUAGAUCUUGGAUCGCAAUUUGCUAUAGAGCCAGCCAAGGACCACGGACAUCUCGCAGCACUUUGCAUAUCGUAUUUGGCAAAGCACCUGGGGAUCGAACAGUCUAUGCGCCGCAUCGAUUCUUCUUUUCUUUGGUAUGCAUCGGAAUGCUUUUCGCAACAUAUAGUCAAGUCAAAUGCGGGGGAGUAUACGUCUUCUGACACCAUAACCCAGUUCCUAGACAGCUGGGUUUUGUAUUGGAUCGAGGGCUUGGCUCGAAGGCAAAAACUUGGAGUUGCUAUUCGAUCGGCUAUUGAUCUAGAAAAAUACGCAGAUUGUGGUACAAAGGAGGGAAUCUGGUCAAAUCAUGAUAUUUUGCGCCUCAAGGAUUGGACGACAGACGUCUCACGAGUCGUGAUGAAUUUUCGGGAGCCGUUGCUCAAGAGCCCCGCGUCAAUCCACAGUCUUGUGCCUCUAUUUUGUCCUACUCGAUCAAUGAUUUAUCGCCACACUUCUUCCUCUGGGGACAUGGAACUAGCCAUAGUUGGCCAGCAAGAUCUCAGGUGGGACGAGUGUCUAAUGCACACUGAACACGAUGCGAUGGUGGAAGUUGUCACAUGUGGACAAUGUCACAUCGCCAUCGGCUUAUCUACCGGAUAUAUCACUGUUUAUGACAUUAUCUUACUUCAAAGUACCAUCGAGGUCAAGUUCUUGAAUUCCCACUUGAAGCUAAUUGGCUUCGGAUGUGAUGAUAAAUAUCUAGCUGCUACCGGUUUUGGCAAAGCUGCCAUUUGGGAAACCAAGACUGGCACGCUGAGAUAUACCUUCGAUUGUGGUUCGGUUCUAUCGUUCAGCUUUAGCAUGGACCAGUUUAUCACCAUUUCUUCAUCUGGUUCGACAGAGAUAAGGAAUCUUAAACCCGCAGAAUCACGCGUGCUUCAGUGGAGUGCAUUUGACAAUUCUCUUAUUGAGGCAACUUUACCAUCUUCAGCAGCAUGCGAAGCCAAAUUCGAUGAGUGUUGUCCGCGCCGCUUCGGAGUCGCCUUUUACAGCAGCGGCGAUAUCUACAUUUUGGAUAUCGAUACAUUAUCUGUCCUAGGUACCCUACGAGAGCCCGGAAUGAAUCUUGUAAAAGAAUUCUCAUUUAAUCCUGGCCCUGGAAAAGCCCUUCUUGCUGCUCUAUACACUGGUGGUGGGAUUGCCAUAUUCGAUACCAACACUAUGAGCCAAAUAUAUUUUGGGCCAGAUAUGUUUGCAAAUCAUGUGUCCUGGACUUCGGAUGGAGAUCACCUUAUCAUAGGCACUGGAGAAAUUGCCUACACACUUGAAAUAUACAAAAUGCAAACUUCGGAUCUUGUCAGCCUCGAAUUAAUAUGCCAAGUUGACCAUCCUGGAACCCCCGUCACGCCUCUUGUAGUCGCUAGCAAGGGAAAACAUGUCGUUGGUGCGCACAGUCGUCAGAGCCGCGUAUGGGAAUUCUCAGCGCUUGAUUUGCAAGACAAAGAAGAAGAUACGUCCGUUGAUGCUGGGUGUCAUAAGCCUGAGCUGCUGUCUCGGGAUUCAUGGGCAACCACCGGAUCACGGAAGGCUAUUAUUACGGUCAUGGCUCUCUCUGAUGACGGCCGUGUUGUAAUUUGUGGUACGGAUACUGGCGAUGUUGUUACUUUCUCUACUCUAGAUGGAUCAUGCGUCGCACAACUUCAUCAAAGGCACGAUUGCGCAAUUACCAGCCUUGUGUUGGUUCAGGAUAAGCAUGAAGACUUGGUCAUCACAGGAGACGAAGAAGGAUUCGUAAUAGUUGCCAAGGGUCUACAUGAGCGAUGCCAAUGGGGUGACGUUGAAGUUGAUUUUGAGAAAAGAUGUGGCAAUAUGGUUGAGCAACUGCUCCUGAGCCCAUCCAAGGACAGGUUGCUCAUCAUCACACUGUCUGGAUCUGAACUCUGGGAAUUGCCGUCCAACGAGCUAUUGCACAGUCUGCGAGUGCCCAAGAGCUCAGCAAACCUACGGCGAGCAGUACAGUUCCCCUUGAUGAAAGAUAGGUUUAUCAUCUUGGAAAAUUCGUCGAGUCACGUUUUCUACUGGCACAAUUUUGAACGCCCUUCAGAGGGAUCAAUAAGCCUACAUAGAGAUGGGCGAUUACCCGAACCAGAGUAUGUUACCAACACAUCCUAUCUCUGCAACGACCAUGUGUUCGUAGAGAAGCUGGCCGAUCCCUUAACCGGCACUCGCACGAAUUGCUGGGACACGAAUAAUUUCUUGGGUAGUGAUGGUGCAGUGGAAGUCAGCCCAAGGCGUGGAUUACAGACUCUGAGCUGUGUAUUAGGCGAUGUUAUCUCCGUCACUGAAGAUACUCUUGUGUUCCUUCAUAAGGAUAGAUGGAUUUGUACUGUGGACUUGAACACUUUUCCUCUUACCAUGGAAGUGAAGCGGCAUUUCUUCAUCCCUCCGGAAUGGGUAAGCAUAUUAGGCACAGUCAUAUGCACCCUCACUCCGGAAAAUAACUUGGUUUUUGCCACCAAGCAACAUAUAGUCAUCGUCAAGAGGUGGAUGGGAAUAUGGGAGACCGAUCUGCUUGGACAUUUCGACAUGGACGCCGAACUUGAAGAAUAUAGAGAAACUGAUAUCUGGGUAACAGGACGGCCGCUUCGGUGA